UAGUGGGAAUACCACGCUGCUUUGUGUUUAUGUUGACUGUUUAAAUGGUCUAGUUUCGAAAAGGCUCAUAUCAAAAAAUACGUUUUUCAGGCAAUAACUGAAAAAGUCGUAAACUAUUCUCGGGCGCCGUAAAAUUUGUGCGGGUUGCAUUAAUUUAAAUCUUUUAAUUUUGAAAAUUUCUAGGCGUCAAAGAUUUAGCAUAACGUUGUAAAAUGUACGGUGAUUUCGAGUGAUUUAUAAAGCCCUUUUAACGUGAUCUGCGAAGGGUUCUUGGAAAACGUAUAAUCUAAAAUGGGUUCAAAAGGCGCUACCUUUUCACAGGUUCCAAAAAGCGCUGGUGUUAAUAUUGAGUUUCAAGACUUAAGCUAUUCAGUGCCCCAAGGAAAGAAAGGUUCCAAAAUCAUUUUAAGAAGUAUCAACGGACAAUUUAAGUCUAGUGAGCUCACUGCUAUUCUAGGACCAUCUGGUGCAGGAAAAAGUACGCUACUAAACAUCUUGGCAGGAUACAAAUGCCGAACUGCUACUGGCGAAAUUCUGAUAAAUGGCCAACCAAGAGACAUAAAAGCGUUUAGAGAAUUAUCGCGGUAUAUUAUGCAAGAGGAUUUGAUGCAGCCAAUGCUAACUGUUAAGGAGGCUAUGAUGGUAGCUGCCAAUUUAAAAAUGCCUAGAUCUAUUUCAUAUAUAGAUAAAGAAAAAUCCAUACUUGAAGUAUUGGAAAUGCUACGACUACAGAACGCAGUAAAUACCAAAACUACACAGCUUUCAGGUGGAGAGAAAAAAAGGCUUUCUAUUGCACUAGAGUUGCUUAACAAUCCUCCAGUUUUAUUUUUAGAUGAACCGACAACGGGUUUAGAUGAUUUAUCUUGUUCCCAGUGUGUUAGUUUAUUAAAAUGUAUAGCCCAAGAAGGACGAACAGUAAUUUGUUCCAUACAUACGCCGAGUGCAAAAAUGUUUUCCGUUUUUGAUAACGUAUACAUCAUGUCGGCUGGCCAAUGUGUUUAUCAAGGCUAUGGCCCAGAAGUAGUGCCAUUUCUUGCCAAUAUUGGAUUAGAAUGUCCCACCCAUUAUAAUCCCGCUGAUUUUAUGAUUGAGAUCGCUAGUGAAGAAUAUGGAAGUUAUCAAGAAAAAUUAGUUACCGCUAUAGAAAAUGGAAAAUCGUUAUUUUGCUACCAAUCAAAGUCUAACAUAAAAAUACUAACUGAAUCCCGACAUAAUCAAGAUGAUGACUUCCAAAUUUUAGAACAAGCAAAUAUCUAUGACAAUCAGAAAUCGAGCUGGGCAAUGCAGUAUUGUAUACUACUAAUGCGAAUGUGGAAACAAAUGUGGAGAGAUAAGAGUUACCUGGCUCUUCGAACAAUACUUCAUGCAUUACUAGGAUGUCUAGUGGGAACGUUAUAUCUUGGCAUGGGAAAAGAUGGUUCAAAAACUAUAUUUAAUUUUGGGUUUUAUUUUACCGUUAUUAUUUUCUUUAUGUACAUCCCAAUGAUGCCAGUAUUAUUACAAUUUCCUAAAGAGUACCAGCUUAUUAAACGAGAACAUUUUAACAAAUGGUAUAGGUUGAGUGCCUAUUUUGCGGCUUUAACAACCUCAACUAUACCAGUGCAUUUAGUUUUGGGAUCGCUUUACAUCAUUUUAGUAUACAUCUUAACAGAUCAGCCAAUGGAAAUCGGGAGACUCGCUAUUUUUUACGCCAUAUGUAUGUUAACCGGGAUUAUCUCAGAAAGUCUAGGACUUCUUAUUGCAUCACAGCUUAGCUUGGUGAAUGCCAUGUUUGCUGGACCUGUAAUAGCAGUACCAUUCAUGUUACUUGCCGUAUAUGGGUUUGGCAGUGGAUACGACAGUAUUCCUACUUUAAUAAAGAUCGCCAUGUAUUUCAGUUACCUACGUUACUCUCUCGAGGCUCUGAUCCAUACCAUGCUUUCUGAUAGGGAGAAGCUCCAAUGUCCAGAAAAUGAAGAAUUCUGUAUUUGGACGGAUCUUGAUUAUUUUAUAAAAGAAAUGGGUAUGGAUAACACCAUUAUCUGGUUUGAUUUUCUAGCCUUGCUAGUUAUUUUGGUAAUCUUUAGGGGAGGGUUUUACUAUUUACUACGUCAAAGAUUAUCCCCUAACAAAACCUUUUUAGCUCUAGAGUAUAUAGGACGACUUGUUAAGUCCCAGUUCGCUCGGUGAUAAAUUAUUAAUUUUAAAUUGUGAUAUUCAAUAAAUGGUAAUUAUUAAGGUUUUUUUUCUUUGUAUAAUGUACAAUUGUAUAAUGGGUUAAAAUUGUUGGGACUAUCAGUAUUGUUAGACAAGAUAGAUAUAGAAGUUAUAAAUUAAAAGUAAUAAUAUAUAAAAAUAAAUCAACGUCUUUGAAAAUUCGAUAAACCCAAAAAUCUUUAUCCUGUUUACAUUUUAAGUUAUUUUGCUGGUGAAUUUAUUCUAAUAGGAAAGUAUUCUUUUUAACGGGAAUAUAUUUUGGUUCUUGAGA